AAAUAAUAAGAAAUAUUUUAAGUGUUAAAGAAAGUAAAACUGAAAAAUAAUAAAGUGCAAGUGUUUAAAUUAUAGAAAAUAAAAAUAAAAUUUUAUAGAAAUCUAGUAAAACCUGACAUCCGGUUAAUAACACUAAACAGCUGUUUUUUGCUGCAAAAUAUGUUUGGUGAUUGUUCAGAUUCUACAGAAGACAUGACAGUAGAUAGUCGAGAUUCCAAAGAUUUUAAUCCUAAUAAUACUACAAGCAUAAUGGAUGAUCAUACCGAUGAAGAUAGACGAACUCCUCAAAACAAUCAUUACAGCCAGCAGCAAACGAAAGAGACUGAUAUAGAAAUGACAGAAAGUCAAAAUCCCGAGCAAAUAGAAAUGGAGCAUAACGAAGAAGAUGCCGACUCACAACCACCACAACAGAAGAGACCUAAAAUGGAAGUGGAGUUGGAGUAUAGACGAGUUACUACCCCCGUGCAAUCGCCUGUUAACAGAAACACUGAGAAUUCAAAUGAUUCCGAGAAAUGUGAUGAUUUUCAAAAUCAAAUAGAUGAAUCUAAUUCAAAAGAUCGUAGAUCUUCAAGUCCUUUAUUAAAGGCCAUAACGCCCGCUAUUAGUCCCUCCCCUAUAGAAGUCUCAAAUGAAAAUAUAUGCUCUCCCACUUCAGGUUCUAUGCCUAAGCUAAGGCUUAAUGCUUUAUUGGCUUCAGAUCCUGCUUUAAUGCCAGAUGCCAAAGAUUUAAAGGUUGUACAUGAAGAAUCACAGACUCAACAAAGAAUAGCACGUUUGGAACAGCAUUUGCAACAGCAAUUACAAACAGAAGAAACAGAAAGUAAUGAAAACGAUCACAUAACUCCAACUGCUACAACUGCUUUAGUGGAAACGGCUAUAAAGCCCUUGACCACCCCUGUGGAAGCACCACAACGCAUGAAGGUAUUCAUGUGCUUACCCUGCGGUAUAGGUUUCAGUUCUCCCUCCACCUUGGAGGCCCAUCAAGCUUACUAUUGCUCGCAUCGUCACAAGGAAUCAGAAGAUGAUAGUUCCUUAUCGGCUGCCAUAGCUGAAAAGUCCUCUGCAUCUCCAACACAAGCAAAUAACCCUACGGCCAAUAUUUCUUUGGCUCCCACAGAACCAGCCGCCAAAGUUCCCAAGACCGGCAAACAAUAUGCCUGUACACAGUGUUCCUAUAGUGCCGAUAAGAAAGUCUCUCUCAAUCGUCAUAUGCGCAUGCAUCAGACCUCACCAGCACCCAGCUCUAAUGCUUCCAAUAACGGCAGUGCCAUAAUGGAAGAUAAUUCUAGUCAACAAGUGGAUCGUUAUUGCAGUGAUUGUGACAUACGUUUUAAUAAUGUCAAAACCUAUAGAGCUCAUAAACAGCAUUACUGUAGUUCCAGGAGAACAGAAGGACAAUUAACACCUAAACUGGAAGUUUCUACCACCACGUCGACACCAAAAGCUCCUGCAGCUGUAGUCAGCGGUGCCAUAAGUCCUCAAACCCGCACAAAAACACCCACUCCUGCUAUGGUAGCAGCGGCAGCCGCCGCAGCAGCAGCUGCUUUACAACAGCCACCAGCAACACCUUUCUUGGCGUUACCCACAAAUCCCAUAUUAAUAAUACCUUAUGCAUUGAUACGUUCCGCUAGUCUAAUAGCAGGACCUUUAUCCUCACCUUCGCCCUCAGUGGUUAAUCCGGAUACCACUUGUUUCACUUUGGAUAAUGGCAAUUUAAAACCUUUGGCUACAGCUUUAAAUAUAAAUGCUCUUAGUGCUGCCUCAACGGCGGCCAAUAGUAUAGCUGCUGCUGUUGCUACGGGACAACAAAUCAAUGUAGUCGAUUCUACACGUCAAAGUAAUGCCACGGAAACUUUGCUCACCGAAAAGAAUAUAAAACGUAAUGUAGAGGAAUCUACGGAAAAUCCUACGCAUAAGAGAAAAGGAGAAGGUUUUAGAGAGUCUGCUCCUUUGGAUUUAUCACUUAGACGUUCUCCCAUUGCUGCUCUGUUGCAAAGGCAACGUUUCAAUUCUGCCACUACAUUCUUAGAGAAUGAACAACAACGUUUAGAUAUGGAGACUUUACUAGAGGCAGGCAAAGAAAAUUUGGCUUUAGAUGAAACGGGCAGUAUAACACCCGAACAAAUUGUCUGUGCACCCUCAUUGCCCAAUAGUCCUUCUAUGAGUCCCUCGCCCAGAAGACGUGCAAUAAGUCCUAGAAGCUCUGGAGCCGGCAGUACUUCAUCAAUGUCUCCUCCGGCCACCAUACCACCCAAUGCUUUAAGUGCAGCCACAAAUCCCACAAAUAUUUUAGAUAAUUUACAAUUACGUUCUAUGUUGCCGGCAGAACUUCUAAAUCCUUUGCUGGCUAAACAGAAUAUGGAAUUGGCUUUAAAAUUGUCUGCAGCCGCAGCAGCUGCUGUUAGCUCUUCUAGCGGAGGUGUUAACACAGCUGGUUCAACUCCCUCGGACUUAGCAGCGGCUGUAGCAGCAGCUACUGGUAGAGGUUCUCUUUUGGGUUUGCCCGUUUUACCACCAGCCCCUGCUGCUUCUGUACAAGUGCCCACGGCCAGCGCUAAUCAACCCCAAAUCUAUGUUAAACAAGGUGUUUCCAAAUGCAAAGAAUGUAAUAUUGUUUUCUGUAAAUAUGAAAACUAUUUGGCUCAUAAACAACAUUACUGUUCCGCCCGGAAUCAAGAACCCUCUGAAGGAGAAGCUAAAGUUUCACCCACUCCUCCUAUGGCUGCAGGAGCCUCACCAGCUGAAACAACACCAGUAGCCUAUCAACAAUUAAUAUGUGCAGCAUGUGGCAUUAAGUAUACCUCUUUGGACAACUUAAGAGCUCAUCAAAACUACUAUUGUCCCAAAGGUGGUGGUGUAGCGGCGGCAGCAGCUGCUGCAGUAGCCUCUAACUCCUCGGAUACUUCUCAUGUAGUUAUGAAAAAAGAAAAAUGUUCUAAAUGUAAAACUUUACAUGAAACCUCACUACCUUGUCCUCCUCCACCGGCCUUGCAGCAACCUACACCAACACAAACAUUAGCCACAGCCACUACACAACAACAGCAGCAGCAGCAUACUGCUUCCACAACUUCCACUGGUUCCAGUAGUAAUCAAAAUCUUUACAAAUGUCCUUUAUGUGAUGCGGUCAGCUUAACCGCCAGUGAAAGUCGUAAACAUAUGGAAACUCAUGGCACGGUUAAGGCUUUUAGAUGCACCAUUUGCCGUUACAAAGGCAAUACUUUAAGGGGUAUGCGCACUCAUAUACGCAUGCAUUUCGAUAAGAAAACUUCCGAUAUCAAUGAGGAACAUUAUAUGGCCUGUAUAUUAGAGGAUGAAAAUAUUGAAAUACCUAGUGCUGCCUCGUUAAAUCAAGAACAUUUGGUACAACAAUUGGCUGCUGCUCAACAACAACAGCAACAACAAAAACAGUUAGUGGCUGCAGCAGCUGUUGUAGCUGCUGGCCUUCAGCAACAACAUCAACAUCAGCAGCAACAACAACAACAAUCACAGCAGCAGCAGCAGGUGUUCAAUUGUGAUAUUUGUAAUUAUUCUUCAACUUAUAAAGGCAAUGUGUUGCGCCAUAUGAAAUUAGUACAUCCACAUGUUAUACCCAAUUCACCCUCGAUUUCCCCAGAAGUAGGGGACUUAGAAACAACCGAGACAGCCUCUUUAAGCAGCAGUCAUAAUGGCGACAAUAACAUGAAUAAUUUUACCAUCAAGUCUGAACCCCUGGAUCAUCAUACAGCCAGCAAUACAAGCCCUGCGGCGGUACUACUAAAUCCCCAUGACAAUAACAAUUCACCCAUACCGACAAAUAUCAUACACAAUAACCCCAACGAAUUAAUGCAUCAUAUAAAAUCCGAACCUAUGGAAAUAUCAAUUGAACCUUCAGCAUUACAUAUACCACAACCACCGCCUACUCUACGCUCACCAGCCAUAGGACCACCACCUUUACUAAAUGCCACACCAGAAGAGAAUAUUAAUCAGAAAUAUUGUCAGACUUGUGACAUUUCAUUUAAUUAUAUGAAAACCUAUUUGGCUCAUAAGCAAUUCUAUUGUAAAAAUAAAUUACGUAGACCAGAUACUAAUGAUAGUCCAAGUCCUAAUGCUGGUAAUAUAAUAGCAAAUGUACCAUCACCCAAUACUUUAAUGAUGCAGAAAAAUAAAGAAAAUCUACAGGAAGCUGCUAUUUGAUAGAAUCAGUUGCAGGCUGCUACGAAAUCUUGGGAAUGGUAUUAUAAAUGUUUUUAAGCGUAAAUUGAAAGAUAAAUUAAAUUAAAAAGCAUAUCAGCCGAUAAAAAAAAUAAAAUAAAAAACUUAAAAACAAACAAAUGCAUAAAUUACUAAUUAAACAAAAUUAACUUCAAAGAUUAUAAAAUAAAAACAAAAAAAAUGGUAACAAACAGUAUUUAAAGAGAAUCUCUGUAAAUAAAUUAUUUCAAUCUACUUGUGCAUUUGUUUCAGAAUUAAAUAAAAAUUAAUAAAAAAAAUUUAUGCAAAUACUAUAUAAACACAUGACAUAAAAUGCAUGCCAAAGUUUUAAAUAUUUAAGUAAAAAAAAAAAAACAAUAAAAUUACAAUUUAUGAUCUAAAAAAAUUAAAAUAUAAAACUUAUUAUAUAAAAAAAAGAACCGAA